AUGGCCAAGAAGUGCCCCAAAAGCAUGGUCAAAUAUGUGGCUACAAAGGGACCCUGUGGACUGGACUCUGCCAGCUGUCUCUACAAAGAGGACAUCAUGACCAUUUCAAGUUGCCGACUUUCAACAGCCCCAAAAGGACAGCUGACCUUCCGGGAUGUGGCCAUAGACUUCACUCAAGAGGAGUGGGAAUGCCUGGACCUCGGUCAGUGGGAAUUGUACAGGGAUGUGAUGUUAGAGACCUACGGGAACCUGGCCUCCUUGGGGCUUGUCUCUAAGCUGGACCUGGUCGCCUUUCUGGAGCAACUGAAGGAUCCCAGGAAUAUAAGGAGAAUGGAGACAACAGCCAUUUACCCAGCUAUGACUCCACAAGACAUCCAGGAUUUGAUGCCAAAGAAUCCAGCAUUAGAAGAUGUAGUCUCAAAAACAAACCUAGGAAUAUAUCAAACAUCUCAGCUCAGAAACUUAAAUUUAAUGAAAGACUGGGAAUGUACGAGAAAAAAAAAAAAAGAGUGA